GCCGUGGCGAGAUUCUCGCGAUGAUUCGACGCGCGCCUCCCAUUGGCCGGUGUGUGCGCGCGGCGGUUUCGGGAGCGCGGGCUCGGGCGGCGCCCCGUCCCUCAGGCCGGCGGAGCCGGGCAGCGCUCGCCUGCCCCGGGAAUCCAGUCUCUUACCAUAAAAGAAAAUGUCUACAUCUAGCAUUGUAGCAAGAGUGGAAACCUGGCUAUCAUCCACAUGGCACGUUAAAGUUCCUUUAACAUGGCUGGAAGCAUGUAUUAAUUGGAUCCGGGAAGAAAACAGUGGUAGCAAUUUAAGUCAAGCUCAGAUUAACAAGCAGGUAUUUGAGCAAUGGCUUCUUACUGAUCUGAGAGACUUGGAAUAUCCCAUUUUGCCUAACUGCAUCUUAGAUACUCCCAAGGGAGAGUUAUCAGGCUGCUAUUCCAUACAGAUUGAUUCACUGGUGGAUGUUAGCCAGCCAGCAUAUUCUCAGUUGCAGAAGCUAAGAGGGAAAAGCACUGUAAAUGAAGAAGUUACAGCCAGUACUCAGGCAUUUCAGAAGCCCUGGGAAGCAAAGCCUACUCGAAUGCUGAUGCUACAACUAACAGAUGGCAUACAUCAAAUUCAGGGCAUGGAGUAUCUACCGGUGCCUGUUCUCUGCAGUAAUCUCCCUCCUGGAACAAAAAUCACUGUACAGGGCAAUAUUGCAUAUCGUCUUGGAGUUCUUCUGCUUAAACCAGAAAAUGUGAAACUGUUGGGGGGUGAAGUUGAUGUUCUUCUUGAGGAUUAUCGUCAGGAAAGAGUCCUUGCUAGAUUGAUUGGAGAAAAUGAAAGCCCUAAUUCUGUUGGACAAGCUGGACAUGAACAGAUUUUUUCAAGGCCUGCAGAUGAAUUAGAACAAACUCUUGGCCCUUCAGAUGAAGAGCUUUUAGCCAGCCUUGAUGAAAAUAGUGAAUUUACUUUAAACAACAGAACAUCCUCAGAAAGUGGAUACUGUAGUAGAAGCAACAAUUUUAAUACAGCCUCAGGUUCACUGAAUGCACAUGAUGGAAAUGUUUUGCUGCAAAAAUCUGGAAGUUCUUUCCCUCACUCAGAUGAACAAGUUUCUCCUCCCAUAGAAUAUGCUGAUGGCUUUUUAAAUGACUUUCCUAUAGAAGAUGACUUUCUUCUGGAAGAAGAGAUGCAAAGACAGAUGGAAGAAGUGCCAUCAGUGGACAUGAACAGAAACACAGGUUUAAUUACUGGCAGUCUUCCACAUACAUCUAAAAGCUCCUGCAAUUCAUCUUUAAAUGGCACUGGUGAAGAAGAUAACGUGAAUGAAAGAGGUAAGUCAAGGGAAACUAUCAGCAAGGAAAAGAACGUGAGAAGAACAAUAUUUGAUGAAGAUGGAAAUGGCAUGAGUAACUUUUUGCAGCACGAGGGCUUACGUCAGACCUGCAGUUCAUCAGAUUUUUCUUUGGCAAAUCCUCCUGAGGAAGGGCAGAAUUAUACAGACCUAGAUGAGAGCAGAUGUAAACACCAAAACACUUCUGACAGCAGGGUAUUAAACAAUGAUGCUGUAUUUUCCUUAAAAAUGGAUCCAGAAGGAGGUCAGCAGAAAUGUGAUUCACAGAUCUUUCCUUGCAAGGUGGUAGAGACACAUUUAGAUUUAGAUUCUCCACCUUUCACAUAUAUUUCCCUUCUCCUUGCAAAAAAACCGGAAACUGUUACAAUUCUGAAAGUUAAAUGUUUUAUUGUCACUCUCACUGGAAACCUCACAAAAGACAAUGGAUCAUGGGGUAUAAAGGCUAAAAUUUCUGAUGGCUCUGCUUAUCUUGAAGUAGAUUUUGCUGAUGAUAUUCUAACAAGUUUGAUUGGCUUUUCAGUGCCUGAAAUGAAUAAGAUGAAAAAGGAUCCAGCUUUACGUCUAAAACUUAAGGAUGGUUUAGAGAAAUGUCAAAAACAGCUGAUAGAUCUCUGUUGUUUGAUGACUAUUGAGUUUAAUCCAUUUCAGUCUAAAGCUACUGUAGUAAUUCUUGAGGAUGCUGAUGCUAGGCAUCUAGAACAAUUGAAGAAACGUUUGAAUAAAUAACAUGUACAAAUUUGCAGAUUAUAUAUUAGGAAACGUUUAAGUCAGAUUUCCCUUGAAGAACUCUUGCAAGUUAAAGUUAAGUGAUUUGUCUUUUAUCAGGAAUUAUAAUGUAAAAAUGAGACAAGUGCAGAAAAACUGGGCAAUUUGUUUCAGUAUUGAAAUAAGAUUUCAAAUAUUUGUAUCUUGAUUUUUUCAUUCUGCAAAAUCCUGCGUAUUCUAGACUGGUAAUCCUGAGUAGCACAGAUUUUCAGGGAAUGUAUAAAAAUGAACAAAUCAUCUUUUAUUUUACUUUUUCCGGUACUUACGUGAUUUUUAAAAGAAAGAUACAUGAGAUUCUCAGUUUUUUUCUUUGAGAAAAUCAAUUCAAUAAAUUUAAAUAACAAAUUAUUGUUCAAAUGCAGUAGUCCCUGCUGACUGUGCCAAUCUGAAGACUCAAAUCUCUAUUCACUGUGCAAGAACCUAAAGUAUAAAAAAAUGAAAGAUUGUCUUCUAAAUAUUCAGGUCUGAGAAAAAAAAAUCCAAUCCUAUACAAAAAAGAGAUUUAAAAAUUCCUCUAUAUUUUUACAAAUAAUUUAAAAGAAAACCAAAUGUUUUAAAGUGUUUAUUAGAAGAAAAUUAUUAUAACAUAUGAGGAUUCUAAUUUUUUGCCACAUUAAUGUUAAUAAUUGCUAGUAGUUUUUAAAUGAGAGAGGUAAACUCAUUCAUUAACUCUAAUGACUAAUUUGACUAACCUUAUUACAGAAUAGUCAAGAACCUGUGCUGCACAUGUUAUAUAGUAUAUUUAAUGUUGGUCCUAAUUUUGUUUGGUUUUUUUUAUAAUUUCUGCUUCUAAAUUAAUAAAGUUUUCAUUUGAAUUUUGGUGGUUGCUGCUUAGUCACUUUGACAGAAAAAUAUAUCUUUUGAUGAGUGUAUAGAGUAUGAAAUUAUUUGAUUAGGUUUUUUGUUUUUUCUUUUUCACAUCAUUUCCCCUUCGCUUUGAUUUUGUUUUGGUUUUGAUUUUUGCUUUGUUUUGGUUUUUUUGUUUGUUUUUUCCUGUGGUUGAUUGGUUUGAGUUGUUUUGUUUCCCUGUGAAUUUUGAAGGAUUAAUAUUCUGGCAGGAGUGGAGGAACCAGUGACAGGAGCAGUCUGCCCAGUGUUGGUAGUGUUUGCAAAGAAUGUAAAAUUGGUGGCUAGGAGAGGAGUUUUUUUAAAUUGACCAGCCAGUAUCUUUCUUCAAAGCCUUUUCUUUCUCUGAACAAUGUCUGUUAGGCAAUUGAGAUUUGCUGUGACAGAUUGUCAGUAUAAAUACUCAAUGUCAGUAUUGAGAACCAUGCUUGAAGGAAAACUAGAGGUAAUUUCCCAAGUAAAGUAAAAACGGAGGAAGGUGGAGCAUGGGACAUCUUGAGGGUUUUUAUGCUUGAGGUGUGAAGGGUUUUAGACUUUAUUUUGUACAGUUUAUAAACACAAACCUCCCCGUGUCCCUUACUUUCCUUGCCCCUCCCACUGUGAAGAGAACUUGAGGAAAUUAUAACCCCGUGAGCCACCUCUGGGUUUAUUUAUGGCUUUUGGGAACAGUACAUUUUUUAGAACUGUAACAGCAAAAGCUUUUGCCUGUCUGGAACCUACAUUACUGGUCUUGAGUUACAGUUUCAGAAAAAAUUGCUUGUUAGUAGGAAACUGACCAAGCCUCUUUUCAUGUAAUCCUUGUAGAAGUUAAUAGAGCUGACUGUAAACCUUCAGCGCCUUUUUAUGGAAAUAUUUCUCCCAUAAUGAGUUAGGAAACUUCCCUUGAAGUUUUUGCCUUAGCAUGUAAAAGGAUAGGAACCUUUAAACUUCAAACGGUGUGAAUAAUCCACAGAUUUUAUUCUGCUUGUGCAGAGCAGGAGUCAUGUUAUUCAAACUGCAAAACCAAAUUAAGUGUUAUGUUUGGUUUAGAUGAUGAAUGAAGUCACACCUGCCCCUCCUUUUUUGUAUUUGCGUUAAUGUUUAGCCAUCUCUGCUACAAUAAUUGCAUGUGUCUCCUGUUCUCUUCCUCCCUCCCCCCCUUCCCACCUCCAAGGCAAUGCUGCUUGUCUGACGGUCUGACGUCUUCUUCUGCCCCACCCCCCAUUGUCCUGGUCUUCAUUUUCAACAUGUGCUCUCUGGAAAGCCACUCACAUGCCUGUGGUCCAGUGCAGGCAAAAAGAUCUCAAAAAAAACCAUUUACAGCAUGACUGCUCUGCAGAUAUUUCAGUGUAAUUUUCUGGUGUAUAAGGUUUCCAGAUCUAUGUUCAAGCUUUUAGAAUUAAUGAGAAAUAUUGCAUAGGUUUUCCAACAAGAAAAGGAGUGAAAUCGGUGAUAUUGGGAAAGCAUGCUUAGUUAAGAGGUGAUGUCAAACAGAAAAUACUUUAUGUGGCUAUGUGUACCAGCCAUUGGUUCUUGCCUUACCCACUUUGUUUGCUCUUUAAAAUCGUAAUGUUUUGGUACUCUGUGUAAGCAUGCUCUGCAUAUAUUGGCUCACUGUGCCUGGCAGUGGUGUGUGUCAGAGCCCUUCAGAUAACCGCUGUUUCUAUAGGCUGAGCUCACAACACUGGCUGCAGCCCCAGCAGAGGUAUGGCCACAUUUCUGGAGGGUGCAACAGCACUCCUGUAGCAGCUGCUCAAGGCACUUGUCACGGCAGCUGCUCUCACACCUUACAUGUAGCCUUCUGGCAGAAAGCAGCUUUUGCACUUUCUGUCAGCUCUUGUCUACAGUAUAUCACAAACUAACUUCUUGUUGUUAUGU